ACGGUCUUGUUCUAAGUUUGCCUAGCAUUUACAUCAGUUGUUAUCCCUUCUAAACUCUCUUGAAAAGAAGAUCAAUGCGAUGUCCCAGCUUAUUUGAAAUCUAAAAAUUCAGUGUUAUGAUCUUUGAUACUGUGACCGAUUUAUGUGAUCAAGUACUAAGAGGUCAUAAGGUUCAUGGCUCUGCCAUAAAAUAGGAAUUAACAAUGCGACGUAGCGGUCUAUGUUGUGCUAAGAUAACUACAAUCGCAAUCGUUCCGAUCGUGCUUACUUUGAUUAUGUGGAAGUUUUCCCAGGAUCCAGUUAGACACAAACAUUCACAUUUUAAGAAACUCUUUCGCGACAUUCGAGCAUUAAAUCAAGGCGGUCUAUUUCCCCACGAUGAAACCGUAUCUUGGGAGGAUGAGGUUGUGUACAAGGCUGAUAUGUUACGCAAAGGACCCGGUGAGCAGGGUAAGCCAUUGAAGCUGAAUUUGAGCGAUACUGAAAAGGAAAAGGCAUAUGGCAUCUAUCGGUAUAACACUCUGACAAGUAUGCAAAUAUCUUUAAAUAGAUCUUUGCCGGAUAUUCGGGAUCCAAGAUGCAGAAAAAUAAAGUACUUGCGGCGGCUGACCCCUGUUAGCAUCAUUAUUCCGUUCCACAAUGAGCAUUGGAGUAUAUUAUUCCGAACCUGCUAUGCGAUCCUGAACCGCAGUCCCCCGGAGUUGAUUCACGAGAUACUCUUAGUGGACGAUGCUAGUACGGAUGAGUUGCUGAGAGACAAACUAGACGAGUUCAUUUCUAAACAUAUUCCCAAAACUAGGGUUCUGCGCUUAAAAGAACGCUCAGGACUCAUAAUCGCUCGACUGGCGGGGGCCAGGGUCGCAACUAGUGAAAUUUUCAUUUUUCUUGAUGCUCAUGUAGAAACCUCCUACAAUUGGCUCCCACCUCUCAUAGAACCGAUAGAACUAAAUCCCAAGACGUGUGUUUGUCCACAAGUCGAUAUUGUUAAUUACGAAACAUUUGAGUAUUAUGCCUGGGAUAAUGGAGCUCGAGGCAUCUUCAAUUGGCAGAUGGGUUACGCGCGUUUGCCACUGUUAGAAGAAGAUCGAAAAUCCUACCCGAAACCCUUUAAGAGCCCCAUCAUGAUUGGGGGGCUAUUUGCAAUAAGAAAGGAUUUCUUCUGGGAACUUGGUGGAUAUGAUGAAGGUCUCGACAUAUGGGGCGGAGAGCAAUAUGAGCUCAGUUUCAAGAUUUGGAUGUGUGGUGGUCAAAUGGUUGAUGCCCCUUGCUCUCGGGUAGGACAUGUUUUCCCAGCACCUGGAAAGGGGAUGGCUAAUCCACGGGAUCGAGACUAUCUUCAUAGGAACUUUAAACGUGUAGCUGAGGUUUGGAUGGACGAAUACAAGGAAUUUGUCUAUCUUCGGGACCCAAGACUGUUCGCCGCAAUAGAUGCUGGUAAUUUAACAAAACAAAAAGAGUUAAGAGAGAAAUUACAAUGCAAGUCAUUCAAAUGGUACAUGGAAACCAUUGCUUUUGACCUUCCCAAGUAUUUUCCUUUUCGUGGACCACCUGACUUUGCAUCAGGGAUAAUUCGAAGCGACGACUCCCACAACUUAUGCUUGGAUGCCUUCGGUUUCUCACCCAAGCAACCCAUAGGGUUAUUCGAAUGUGCAGUAGAUCCUGAAUGGCCUCAAUAUCCUCAAAGGUGGUCACUAACUAUUGCUAAUGAACUUCGAAUGAAAUACUUCGAUGAUUGCGCUGAUGUACUUCGAAAGGGUCGAAACGCUCGAGUGUUUUUGCGCCAUUGCCAUGGUCAAGGUGGCAAUCAAAAGUGGCGUUACGAUCUGAAGAGAAAAUGGCUUAGGCAUGAUAUUGGAAGGAAAUGUCUGGAGGCAGAUCUUUUAAACAGAACAGUUUAUGUGAAUAUUUGCAAUUCGAGAAAUAGGCGUAUGCGAUGGACUUUUGGUGUUGUGAAUGAGACAGCAUUCCGAGCAAUGGAGGAAAGAAAAGUUCCAGCAACUAUUGUUCCGCAGCUUAAGCCUCCCCGCUGA